AUGGCCGGGAGCGGGCUGCGGGCAGUGUCCGGGCAGGGCUGGGUGCGAGGGUCGGGUCCGGCGGUACUGAGCCGCCUGCGGGACGCUGCCGUGGUGCGGCCCGGCUUCCUGAGCGCGGCCGAGGAAGAGACGCUGAGCCGCGAGCUGGAGCCAGCCCUGCGCCGCCGCCGCUACGAAUACGACCACUGGGACGCGGCCAUCCACGGCUUCCGGGAGACCGAGAAAUCGCGCUGGUCGGAGGCCAGCCAGGCCAUCCUGCAGCGGGUGCGGGAGGCUGCCUUCGGCCCCAACCAGGUCCUGCUCCCUCUGGUGCACGUGCUGGACCUGGAGCCGAAGGGCUACAUCAAGCCACACGUGGACAGCGUCAAGUUCUGUGGAGCCACCAUUGCCGGCUUGUCCUUGCUGUCUUCCAGCGUCAUGCGGCUGGUGCACACCCAGGAGCCCACAGAGUGGCUGGAACUCUUGUUGGAGCCUGGCUCCCUCUACAUCCUAAGGGGCUCUGCCCGCUAUGACUUCUCCCAUGAGAUCCUACGAGACCAAGACUCCUUUUUUGGGGAGCGCCGGAUCCCCAGGAGCCGCCGCAUCUCUGUCAUCUGCCGCUCCCCCCCUGAGGAGCAGAGCCCGGAUUGCCCCCCACAGUCUGCUGACCCCCCUAGGCUGCCUCCCACCCAUCAAGGACACUGUGUGUAAAUAAAGCUAGCGAAGCACCCACA